AUGCUGAAGAGACGCUAUAAUGGUCGCUAUUCUAAUAAUAUUGUUAUUCUUCUUGAGCGGCUACCUUUUGGCCACUCAACUACGUUCUUUGAUCCUAGAAUUGUAAAACUACCUUACCAUAUAAAUGAAAAUCUUCAAAGGCUAUUUGAUCUCACCAUCGAACGUUUCAUCACAAGUUGGUUCAAUCAACUUUCAAAUGAUCCCCAAUUUCCGUCGGAGAUCAAGCUGCAGUUUCAGCACGCAUGCAGUGCCCUUUUGCUACGACUAGAGACCGUGGAUGUACCCCGGUUGAUUGAGGAGAAGCUUCUAUGCUGCGUAGUUCAUCACGUUGAACACCUCCUAAUUUUAAAUAAAGGUCAAUACGGGUUCGAUGAAUCAGUCGGACCGCAGGAUCUAGGUCUCUCUUUCCCACCCGAUGACGAAGUUUUGCAUCAGCUCUACACCUUCAACUACCUACACCCUGCGAUGCUUUCGCGGCAGAAUGAGUCUGCCUACUUACGAGGCGUCGUACGAAGGCUGUUGCCCCACCUCUUUAUUCCUCCCGCACUCGGUCCACCGUCCGGCACCCGCCGUCUCACUGGCACCACCCAUAGUGGACAGAAAGGGAACUCGCAAGUGAAUAACCUCAGUUUCUCCAGCCUGGCCUAUGUGUCAGCACAGUUCUAUCAUCAGCUGCCGAAACCUACUCCAAGCGCUUUUAACACCAAGUCCAUAGCUGAAGGUGACGCCCGAACUCCGGUCGACAACUGUGCCUUUAGUUUUCUAACAGAACUCCUGGCCAACCACGUUAUCCUGCCGGCUCUCGAUUCAGUCGCGAAUCCUGUAAGUUCCCAUUUUAUAGUACAAGUAAUUGUCUUCCUUGACCUAACCACAUUGACAUCUUUUCACGAUCCUGCUUCGGCACAGGGUACGGCAUAA